AUCGCCUGGGCACGUAGGCAAACGCAUCUUCGCGUGAUCGCAUCUGCGCGAUGGCCCCUUUUGGCCGAAGCGAGAAGAAAUAAGGUUUAACGAAAUGACAGAAUGCAGAGGGGGCGAAAUGGGCUGCAGGACUGGCGCCGAUUUGAGAGAUGAAGUCUCCAACGGCUUUAGCCGCACUUGUGAACCUAUCACGCCUCGCGCGCACGCACUCGCGGCUGGGGCAAUAUCCUGUAAUGUUUACUUCUCAUGUAUGUCCACGGUUGCGCCCAGGCGCUGUCCAGGUGUCAACGCAUCGUUGAUGCUUCGCGCGAUGAAUCUGGCAAGACUAUGUUCUUGCUUUAUUGCUGACUUAUUAUUGCCUGUAGCAGGUUGCUCGGCACGAAUGCCCAAGGACAGUCCACCUUCCGCUGCCGCAUUUGUCACCGUGGCGGCAAAACACGCGUCGGUUCUCGGCGUAAGCUUCGUCUUCUGCGGAUGUCCAAGCAACCCGACGCGAAGCAAGCAAGCAUACCUAGGUAAUCUGUCAUGGCGUGGCGAUAAUUCUUCGCUUCCUGAUAAGAUAUACAAAAAUCGAGGUGGUCAGAUGAUGCACGACGACAGCUAUGGUCGUUCGGGGUGUCUCGCACUACGGGGUUGAUGUACCCGAUCCUCAACACCCCAUCUCGCGUGUGAUCUUCUUUGAAUUGCUCAGGCGUGUGUAGGACUUUGGAAUUCGUGCGUGAACUUGCCCGGACGUGGAAUUUUCAUAACUACCUAGGUAGGUAGGUGAGUAAUAUUGAACGCAUGAAAAUCAUAACUUGACUUUCAUCCGCUGAGUACUUGGCUGGCUGUAUCUGUCUCGAAGCAGAUCGCGAUCGGUUUGAAACAUCUUGUGCGCACGAAAAUCCCUGGAGGUGACGGAAAAUUCAGAGG